CUGCUCAGACCUGCAACCAGGAUAAGUAACUAACCAACCAACCAGUGGUGGAAAGUACCCUGCCUGCCCUGAAGCAUCCAGCUGUUUUUAUUUUUAUUAUUUCUUCCUCAUCAUGAAAGCCAUCAGUCCCGUCCGCUCUGCCAGGAGCUGCUACAGAGCCGUGUGCUGCGUCUCGGAGCAGAGUCUCGCCAUCAACCGGAGUACUAAUCCCAAACACUCGUGCGUGGACGAGCCGGUGAGCGCCCUGUGCGACAUCAACGACUGCUACUCCAAGCUGAAGGAGCUGGUCCCGAGCAUCCCGCAGAACCAGACCGUCAGCCAGGUGGAGAUCCUGCAGCACGUCAUCGACUACAUCUUCGACCUGGAGAUGGUUUUAUCCAUAAAGACUGCUGACAUUACUCGAGAUUUCCCCAAAGAAGAAGAGCAGCUGUGCCAUUAGGAUAAAAUGGAACAUUAUGGUGCAGGGAAACACAUGUCUCCACUUCACUCCGGGCAAGAGGACAAGAGGGGCAGAAAGGGUGGGAUAGGUAUUUGGAGGAGAAGAAGAGACAGAGGAGGAGGGCUUUAAAGAAAAAGAGUGAGAGAAAAACAAAGCUGUGGACGGUUUCCGAGAUGAGCCGGGAUCAGCAGCAGUGCACGAAGAACACAAAGACUCAUUCUUUGGCUCCUGAACAGACAAAUCAACACACCAAAGCAGAAGCCAGGACUGGAAAGUGAAAACGACCAACCGUCUUCCUUGUAAACCUGGGGAUUCCUCAAAUGUAGAAGUUAAAUAUGUGUAAUGUUUGUUUUUAUUUCCCUUUUGUAACGCAUUCCAAAAAGAGCCCAACAUGAACCUGUCUGAAUCACCUCACCUGUUAUUCCCCAAGAUAUAUGUUAAAACUAGAGUGUAAUACAUCUGUACACAUGGUGUGAGUCCUUUUGAAUGUCUACAGUUUUUUAUGGGAGUUUAGUUAUAAUCCAAACUCUAUACUAGAGUUUAUUUGAAACGUUUGUAGGGAUUGUGUUAUUUCUACAGACCACACGUUGUGAGUUUCAUAAACUCCUUAUUAUUAAGGUUUCUUUGUAUGUACAUUAGGAAUAAUGAUAAUAAUAAACAUGAUGUGAAGCA